AUGAAAGAAACUGGGGCCGUGACAUCAGGUUUCUUUUCUGUAAGUGAUCAGCAGCACCCUGUUCCUUAUAAGUGGACUUUCUUGCUCUCUCUAUUUCACACUUUCUUUAAAACUUUCUCUCUCUUUCAAACUUUCUCUAUCUCUUUCACGUACUCUCUCUCGCUCUUUUACACUUUCUCUCUAUUUUGUUAUAAAAUUAACUUUCUUUUUUUACCAUUUUCUUUUUUGUUCUUUUCUUUCUUUCUUUCUUUUCUUUCUUUCUUUCUUUCUUUCUUUCUUUCUUUCUUUCUUUCUAAAACCUUUGCUUCAUUUUUUUCACUUCUCCAUACUUUUGCUUCUUUCGUUCUCUCUGAUUUAAAAUUCUUUCUUUCUUUCUUUCUUUCUUUCUUUCUUUCUUUCUUUCUUUCUUUCUUUCUUAAUAAAUUCUUUAUUUCUAUAUCUCUCUAUUUUUUUUUUAUAAUUCCAGGUAAGUGUCUUAUUUCUUCUUUUUUUCCGUUUGUUCGCGCCGAAUUUUUUAUUCUUCCUAUUUUGUGCGUUCUUUUCUUACGGUUUUUUCUCUUUUUCUUUAUUUUUCAAUUAUUCCUUCACAUCUUGGAUUUCAUUCAUCACUUCUUUUAUUAUUACUCUCUUUUUAUUUGUUUGUUUUCAUUCCUCCACGAUUUCAUUUUUUCUUCCUCCCUGAUUUCAAAUUUUUCUUUCUUUCUUUCUUUCUUUCUUUCUUUCUUUCUUUCUUUCUUUCUUUUUCUUUCUUCACACUUGAUUUCCUUCUUUCAUCAUGAUUUUGCCUCUUUCUUUCUUUCUUUCUUUCUUUCUUUCUUUCUUUCUUUCUUUCUUUCUAAAUCCUUCGUUUUUCUUUUUCACAUCACAGUUGAUUUCCUUUUUUCUUUCUCCAUGAUUUCGCUUCUUUCUUUCUUUCUUUCUUUCCUUCUAAAUCCUUGUCUUCAGUUUGUUUUCAUUCCUCCACGAUUUCAUUUUUCUUCCUCCCUGAUUUCAAAUUUUUCUUUCUUUCUUUCUUUCUCUCUCUCUUUCUUUCUUUCUUUCUUUCUUUCUUUCUUUCUUUCUUUCUUUCUUUCUUUCUAA